UUUGUGGGGAGGGUUCGUUCGGUACGGUCUCACUGCCGCAGCCAGCUAUGGACUCCAGUCAAAUCUACUAUUCCGACAAGUACUCUGACGAACAGUACGAGUACCGACAUGUAGUGCUGCCCAGAGAACUUUCAAAACAAGUGCCAAAAUCCCAUCUGAUGUCUGAAGAGGAGUGGAGACGACUUGGAGUUCAGCAGAGUCUUGGCUGGGUUCACUAUAUGAUCCAUGAGCCAGAACCGCAUAUUCUCCUCUUCAGAAGACCUCUUGCAAAAAAUAAGCAGAAAUGAACCAC